GGUCCCCUGUGUCCUCCUCCGUGGGAGCAACCGGGAUAUUAAGUGUCAGCGCUGGAGGGAGAAAUACAAGUGGAGGAAUCCCGGGAAACUGGUUUUACCCCUCCGUCCGGUGCCGGCGGCAGGACGGCGGCUGUGGCGGCGCUCCUCCCUCGGCAAAGGCAUAUAAUGCCUGCCAUGGUCCCGGGAGCCGGCACUGCACAGCGGGAGGCGGGCAGGGGUGCCGGGAGCGAGCCAUGGCCUCCAUGGGCAUGCAGGUGCUGGGCAUCGCCCUCUCCGUCAUCGGCUGGUUGGCCUCCAUCCUCUGCUGCGCGCUGCCCAUGUGGCGGGAGACGGCCUUCGUGGGGAACAACAUCGUGGUGGCCCAGAUCAUCUGGGAAGGGCUGUGGAUGAGCUGCGUGGUGCAGAGCACGGGGCAGAUGCAGUGCAAGGUGUACGACUCGCUGCUGGGCCUGCCACAGGACCUGCAAGCCGCCCGUGCCAUGGUGGUGGUGGCCAUCGUCCUGGCCAUCCUGGGCACCCUGCUCGCCGUCGCCGGCGGCAAGUGCACCAACUGUGUGGAGGACGACACCGCCAAAGCCAGGGUCAUGAUCCUCUCGGGCAUCAUCUUCAUCGUGGCCGGCGUCCUCAUCCUCGUCCCCAUCUCUUGGUCGGCCAACAGCAUCGUCCAGGACUUCUACAACCCGCUGAUCGCUGACUCCCAGAAGCGGGACCUGGGCUCGUCGCUCUACAUUGGCUGGGCGGCCUCUGCUCUGCUGCUGCUGGGGGGGGGGAUCCUGUGCUGCACCUGCCCCCCCCGGGGGGAGAAGCCCUACUCUGCCAAGUUCACGGCCGCCCGCUCGCUGCCAGCCAGCAACUACGUGUAGGAGCCGCCGCUCCCGCCUGGACCCCCCGGCCACCGCAGGGAACUGGGACCUCCCGGACCCGCGACCUGCCCCCCCGGCCGGGCUGGGGCUGGCCGG